GGAUACCUGCUGGAAUCGGGAAAGCCGUCACCCCUCUUACCCUCACAUUCCCCGGAGGUGGCGAGAGAGGCGCCCCACUGGCCUGGAGCCCAGCAGGCCCGGAUACAGUUGGGCGAAUGAGGCUCCUGUGAACGGGUUGCAGCGGAUAGAGGUGUCUGGGUGUCUUUGGGACUCGUCUGCUGUCUCCAUUAUCAGAAAGGGUCUUCUGCAUGGUGUUGACCCAAGGAGAUGCCCAUCAGCCUCUUAUCUGGUGUUUGGAGCCUGAGCAUGUUGCUGGAUGUCUAACAAGAGGGAUCUAUGGUUUGUGCACACUCUAGAAACUAGUUCACUGAAGACCUGGCCCCUGCUCAGGGCAGUUCAAGGGCAGCUCACAACACAGGCUUCAAGCUCUCUGGCUACGAACCGGAAGUGGACUGUGUGUCUACUGUGAAAUGAACCAGGAGACAAACGUCUGGUGCUGGGAUUCAAACUCAGGACCUUGUGAAUACUAGGUGACCAUGGCCUUGCUGGGGAAGCACUGUGACAUCCCCACCAACGGCUGCGGGUCUGAGCGCUGGAACUCCAACUUCGCCCGCAAGGACGAGCUCAUCAACAGCCUGGUGUCCGCCUUAGACUCUAUGUGCUCAGCGCUCUCCAAGCUGAACACGGAGGUGGCCUGCGUGGCGGUACACAAUGAGAGCGUCUUCGUGGUGGGCACCGAGAAGGGACGGAUGUUUUUGAACACGCGGAAGGAGCUGCAGUCAGACUUCCUCAGGUUCUGCCGGGGACCCCUAUGGAAAGAUCCAGAAGCAGGGCACCCUAAAAAGGUGCAGCGCUCCGAGGGUGGUGGCCGGAGCAUCCCGCGGUCCUCGCUGGAGCAGUGCUCGGAUGUGUACCUGCUGCAGAAGAUGGUAGAGGAAGUGUUUGAUGUUCUUUAUAGUGAGGCUAUGGGCAGGGCCAGCGUGGUACCUUUGCCCUACGAGAGGCUGCUUAGGGAGCCGGGGCUCCUGGCCGUGCAGGGACUGCCCGAGGGCCUGGCCUUCCGGAGGCCAGCCGAGUAUGACCCCAAGGCGCUCAUGGCCAUUUUGGAGCACAGCCACCGAAUACGGUUUAAGCUCAGGAGGCCUCCUGAUGAUGGUGGACAGGACUCAAAGGCACUGGUGGAGAUGAAUGGUGUCACCCUGCUACCCAAGGGGUCCCGAGACUGCAGUCUGCAUGGCCAGGCCUCCAAGGUCACUCCCCAGGACCUGCCCCCCACCGCCACCCCAUCCUCCGUGACCAACUUCCUGUACAGCACUUCAGUGCCCAACCACCCCAUCCGGGAACUCAAGCAGGAGGCACCCACCUGCCCAUUGACCCCCAGCGACCUGACCUUGGGCUGGCCUGUACCUGAGUCCCAGGUCCCUAGUGCCCAAGAUUUCUCCGACUGCUGUGGACAGAAGCCCUCAGGACCUGCUGGGCCUCUCAUCCAGAAUGUCCAUGCCUCCAAGCGGAUCCUCUUCUCCAUUGUCCAUGACAAGUCAGAGAAGUGGGACGCCUUCAUCAAGGAGAUGGAGGACAUCAACACCCUGCGGGAGUGCGUGCAGAUCCUGUUUAACAGCAGAUACGCGGAAGCCCUGGGCCUGGACCACAUGGUCCCUGUCCCCUAUAGGAAGAUUGCCUGUGACCCCGAGGCUGUGGAAAUUGUGGGCAUCCCGGACAAGAUCCCCUUCAAGCGGCCCUGUACUUACGGGGUGCCCAAGCUGAAGCGGAUUCUGGAGGAGCGGCACAGCAUUCACUUCAUCAUCAAGAGGAUGUUUGAUGAGCGCAUUUUCACAGGGAACAAGUUUACCAAAGACCCCGUGAAGCUGGAGCCAGCCAGCCCACCAGAAGACACUUCUACAGAGGUCUGUAGGGACACUAUGCUGGACCUGGCUGGGACUGCUUGGUCAGACAAGAGCAGUGUCUCUGAAGACUGUGGGCCAGGAACCUCAGGAGAGCUAGGAAUUUUGAGGCCCAUCAAAAUUGAGCCUGAGGAGCUGGACAUCAUUCAGGUUACUGUUCCAGACCCUUCACCAACUUCUGAGGAGAUGGCCGACUCACUACCUGGGCAUCUGCCCUCGGAGGAUUCCGGUUAUGGGAUGGAAAUACCGGCUGAUAACCUAAAGGUGUGCUCUGUUUCAAGCCUAAGACCUCACACAUCCCAGGAAAGCACUCUCGAACUGAGCUGCGCCCCCAGCCCUACGUACAAAGGUCCCAGUGAGGAGCCAUGGCCAGAAGAGAGGCCGGCAGAAGAAAGUCCUGGUGAUGUGAUCCGGCCCUUGCGGAAGCAGGUGGAGAUGCUGUUCAACACUAAAUAUGCCAAAGCCAUCGGUACCUCGGAGCCAGUGAAGGUACCCUACUCCAAGUUCCUGAUGCACCCCAAGGAGCUGUUUGUACUGGGUCUUCCUGAAGGCAUCUCUCUUCGCAGACCCAACUGCUUUGGAAUUGCCAAGCUUCGGAAGAUUCUGGAAGCCAGCAACAGCAUUCAGUUUGUCAUCAAGAGACCCGAACUGCUCACUGAUGGUGUCAAAGAGCCUGUAACCGAGACUCAAGGCGUUUCCCCACUGCCCCUGUCGGGUUUGCCCCCUCGAUGCCACCCGAGACCCCAGGUGCUCCCUCCUCACCUGCCUUCUCUCCCCACCCCACCCCCAGAGAGGGACUCCUGGGACCGUCUUGUGGACGAGACCCCGAAGAGACAGGGCCUUCAAGAAAAUUACGACACCAGACUCUCGCGGAUCGACAUCGCCAACACGCUUAGGGAACAAGUCCAAGACCUGUUUAACAAGAAAUAUGGUGAAGCUUUGGGCAUCAAAUACCCGGUACAAGUACCCUACAAACGAAUCAAAAGCAAUCCAGGCUCGGUAAUCAUCGAAGGCCUGCCUCCCGGGAUCCCAUUCCGCAAGCCCUGCACCUUUGGCUCCCAGAACCUGGAAAGGAUCCUCGCCGUGGCUGACAAGAUCAAGUUCACAGUCACCAGGCCAUUCCAAGGACUCAUCCCAAAGCCUGAUGAGGAUGACGCCAACAGACUCGGGGAGAAGGUGAUCCUCCGAGAGCAAGUGAAGGAGCUCUUCAAUGAGAAAUACGGUGAGGCCCUGGGACUGAAUCGGCCUGUGUUGGUCCCUUACAAACUGAUCCGGGACAGCCCAGAUGCUGUGGAGGUGAAAGGUCUCCCCGAUGACAUCCCCUUCCGGAACCCCAACACCUAUGACAUCCAUCGGCUGGAGAAGAUCCUGAAGGCCAGGGAGCAUGUGCGGAUGGUUAUCAUCAACCAACUCCAACCUUUUGCCGAAGUCUGCAAUGAUUCCAAGGUGCCAGGGAGUUCAGGAGGCCGACGCAGAACGGCCCCCAGCAUCCGGUCUCAGCAACUGUUUCUCCCAUCAGCCAAAGACAUUCCCAAGCGCAAGAGGAAGCGGGUCUCUGAAGGCAACUCGGUCUCCUCCUCUUCCUCUUCUUCAUCCUCGUCCUCUAACCCAGAGUCUGUGGCAUCCACCAACCAGAUCUCCCUUGUGCAGUGGCCAGUGUACAUGGUGGACUAUUCCGGACUAAACGUGCAGCUUCCAGAUCCCCUUGACUAUUAGACCUCAGAGCCGAAUCAGGACCUCAACUCAGAAAGACUAAAGGAAAUGUAAUUUAUGUACAAAGUAUAUUCGGAUAUGUAUCGAUGCCUUUUAGUUUUUCCAAUGAUUUUUACACUAUAUUCCUGCCGCCAAGGCCUUUUUAAAUAAGUAAAAAAAAAAAAAAGAAAAAGAAA